CUUUCUCACAGAACAGAAGAAAACUCGAGAGGAACUAAUCAACUUGUCUCAGCAACCUUUACUUCGAUUGAAAGAUGAUGUGACCUCAAUGGUGCAGCAGGUUUCAGCGGUGAUAUCUGGACUAAGACGCAUAGUUGCACAACACGAUAUACUGAAGGGGGAGGUUUUGAAAGUAACCUCUUUCUGAAGAAGUUAACUGUUUGGUGGUAGGAAGAAAAACAUAUUGGUAUUGCCCAACGCAAUUCCGAAAUAGGCGUCAGCUUACAAAUGGAAAACAUUGCGAUCACUGAGUAAGUUUUAAAGCGAAGCAUUUUAUUUCUUUUUCUUUGAAGAUACUUUCUUAACAAACUUCUCGAGUUUGACACACGAGUUCGAUCUUACAAACAAGAGCUGGAGGUUCUGGAAAGUGGCAUAAAUUCUCAGACACGUCCAUGUCUGUCCCCGAAAGGUACUCCACAAGGCUGUUCUCAUUGUUGCCCGCAGAGCUUGUUGCUUUAUUGCGUCAGAUGGAUAAUGAAUUUAUUUGUCUUGCGGCACAAUUACACACAACUUAUGAACAACUAAAGGUUUUGAAAGCACGGUACUUGCGCAACAUACGUGCGUUAAGUGGUGAUACCCGUAACCCUUUCGCGGAGGUGGAGGCAUCCAGUCUGAAGCUUCGCCAGCUUGAUGGGAUUAUGGAUAACGGUGUGCCUGGUUUGAGGAAGCCCACGAGUAAAACACCCUAUGGUCCUUCGCCGUUCACAUCCCUGUCCAUUAGCCCCAUGUUCCCACUAACAGCUUUGGGUACACAACCAAAUCCAUCCACAGUCAUUCCACAAGCCACCUCACUAUCGUUUUUAACACCGUCUACUCUACCGUCGAGCUCGGUUGGUUUGGGAUUUGGGCUAGGAACGUCCGUCACAAAAUCACGGCAUGCCAAUUUAAAUUCCAUAGUCUCCCAGCAGAAACUCUGUCUGCUUCACCGACUGCCUUCGUGUAGAUUUCACCCAUUUGCUCGCACCCUAAAACUGUGCGGUCGAGACAUCCCGUCAUCUAUUAUCCCUCCUCCCUAUGUACUGAACCAAAAAGCCACUGUACCAAAUGUACCAAUCAUCCAUUCUUUUGAGAGCAUAGAACAGCUAAGACAUGCUGGAUCAAUUGUCCACCAAUUAUUUGAGGAGCUGCGACAGUUUCUCAAACCUGGACUGACAACUCAAGAUGUGGAUAAUUUCAUCUUCGCAGCCUGCAUUGCCAAACAUGUGUACCCCUCUCCUUUGGGAUACUGUGGUUUUCCGAAGUCUGUCUGUACAUCGGUCAAUGAGGUAGCGUGCCAUGGUAUCCCCUCCGUAGAACAGUCACUGCGAGCUGGAGAUUUGUUGUCAGUUGACAUUUCCAUUUUCACUGGCACGGUUCAUGGCGACGCUUGCCGUAGCUACGUUUUGAGUGACACAUCGGACCAAGUGGAUGUGCUUCACUCAGAUCCAAGUAAAUAUGACCCCGAAACUGAUUCCGCUCGUUUCCUCUGUGCAGUUGCCGAAAAUUGCUGCGCUGCUGGCACACGUAUUUGUUCACCUGGUACGCCCUAUGCAGAAAUCGCGACAAGCAUAUGUAAGGUUGCUGACCUGUAUGGGUGUUCUGUCGUCCCUGGAAUCCGUGGACACGGUCUAGCAGACUUCCUCCAUGGCCCACCGGAAAUUAUACACUCGGUGAACGAAUUGCAGUCAACAGACACUGGAACACUCGGAUACAUGAAAUCUGGCCAUGUGUUUACUAUUGAACCGUGCCUUGCGUUAUCCAAAUCCACAGGUGGACGGAGGAACAGAUACUGUCUUUCUCCAGUUCACCCAGUUGUGUUAGACGACGGUUGGACUGUGGUCACCUUGAAUCGCAGUCUGACGGCGCAGUUUGAAAACACUGUACUCAUUACCGAUUCUGGUCAUGAUGUUUUAACUUGAAAACAACCCUGCUCACUCAGUUAUUCACAGAUGUAUAUACACUUAGUCAGUUAAUCUAUAUUUUUUAAAAUGUUUCACAUUGUUUUAUA